CAGGAAAUUAAUUACGUUGUAAAAGAAGGUAAAGCUGAUUAUUGUAGCGUUGACGCUACUGUUCACGUGCCCCAUUCCGAUCAACAGGUAAGUAAGAUUUACUAUCUCAGUCCGCGUAAAGUACAUUUAUUUGGUAUUCAAGAUGAAGCAGUACGCGAACAAAUUAAUUACGUUCUUGACGAAGACGAAAUUAUCGGCAAGGGCCCUAACGGCACACUGAGCCUGGUAUUCGAUGGAAUUAAGAAAUUGAAUAAAGGCGAAAAAUAUUUAAAGAUUACUUUAAUUUGCGGCUAUUAUGAAAGUAUCGAAUUAAAUUUUAUGGUACCGGGACAUACUAAAUUCAAAUGUGACGGUAGUUUCGGAUUAAUUAAAAAACUAUACCGAAAAACAACGGUAAAUUGUGUAAAACAUAUCGUUGAGGUUGUGAAAAAAUCAAGUGCAGCGGGAUUAAACAAGGCUCAGUGCUAUGAAAACGGCAAAGGUUUUCAAUAUUUAGAUAUUAAUUCCGUGUUGGGAAUUUUCUUUAAGAAAUUGAGUGGUUUACAAAAGUAUCAGCAUUUUGUAUUCGAAGCAGCCAAACCUGGUGUUGUCAAAGCUCAGCUGGUCGCUAAUGGCAUUUAUACUGAAUUUAAUUUGUUAAAAACUAGAAAAGCAAGUGUUUCUGAAGUUACCAAAGAAAUUAAAUCCUUUUCAAUUCUAGUACUAACCCCUUCUCCUUUGGAUUACAAAAGGCAAGAGUAUCUUUAUCAUAAUAUUCGCCCAUUUGUUAGAGAUGAAUUUAAAGACCUUACUUGUCCAAGACCAAUAUAUCCUGGCAAUGAAAAUAAAAACCUGUUAGAAGAAAACGAAAAUUUAAAACAACAAUUAGUUGAAUUAGCAAACAAAGAACAAGACUUAAACUUAAGAAUUUAUAAUGCAGUUGAAAGUGUUAAGGAGAGUGAAAAUCCAGAAAUUGCUGGAACUUUAAUGACUUUGGAACAACAUUUUCUACCCAAAGAUGAGUUAAUCCUGGAAAAUUUUGUUAAAGGUUGUGCUGAAUGA